AAACAUAAUAUGAUCUAUAGCAAAAUCUGGUCGUUUUCCUCUGCUACUUCUCCAAUAUCUGGCAUCUUCACAUAACUAAAUUCCUCAAGAAUACGAGUUUCUUCUACUUGAAACUUAGGAUGAGGUUUCCAAUACAAAGCUCCUUGAGAAAAAAUAACCUCAUCGUUACUGUGAGCGAUUAAUUCAAUACAUCACCUAGGAACAUUCGUCCAAUUAGGUUUAACUCUCCAACGAUGAUCACGCAGUGAAUAGAUUGCAAUUGCAAUCGACAGCUCACCGAGCUCAAAACAAACAACCUUACAAUCAUUACCAAAUCCUAAAUGUUCAACAUCAUCUGAUUUAGAAAUAAGAGGGCAAUCAGGAAGCAACACAGAUUUUCUAAUACAAGGGUUACACAAAUUCAGCUCUACUAUUUUACGCUGCAAAUUCAUCAACAACAAGCCAUUAACCAUAUCGAUCUCCGUAAACCAACGUGAUGCACUAUAUGUGACUAAUUCAGUAACUUUUCUAAUUGUAUCACUAUGACAGAACUAUGAAACUGAAGUCGUAUUUUGUUUUGGGCGCACGUUCAUCAGAUAAUAAGUAAGUAUUAGCGCAAUUGUUCUUGUAAAUUUUGAGAUAUGUUGAAAUAAAAUCACAAGAAUCAAUAAUAGAACACCAGGUUUUACAAACACAUCUAAAUCGUAAAAGGGUCUUGACUGCUGACCUAAGCAAAAUCUCCCUCCAUAAAUCUGGUGGUAAGAACUUGUGUUCUUGCGAUGCUUUCCGACAAACCCUCAUCAGUAAUCUCGCUUCAAACCUCAUUAUAAAACAAAUCCCAAAAUAGCAGACGAAACAGCAAAAUCUGAUCUUUUGCCUCUGCAGCUGCUGUGAAACAAUUUCCAAUGUCGAAUUCUCCAAUUGUCGAACAUGUUUCAGAGUGCUUCAUCAAGCCAAAACUCGACGACAAUGAUUCGAAACAGCCUCACUAUUUGUCACCUGGUGAUCUAGCCAUGCUCUCAGCUCACUACAUUCAGAAGGGUCUUCUUUUCAUGAAACCUUCUGCAACUGAUCAAAAAUUUAGCAUUGCAGAUUUCCAGGAAAAGAUCAGAGAUUCUCUUUCUCGCACUCUCGCUCAUUUUUAUCUGUUGACAGGUCAACUUUCAACACAGGUAGAUGAAGAUCAGCAUACUAGCUUGAUAUUCAUUGACUGCAACAAGGGUCCUGGAGCUAGAUUUAUCCAUGCUACUCUUGAUAUGACUGUUCAGGAUAUACUGUCUCCUAUCGACGUGCCUGCAAUUGUGAAAUCGUUUUUUGAUCACCAUAAAGCUGUCAAUUACGAUGGCCAUACUAGGCCUUUGUUAUCUGUUCAGGUAACAGAGCUUGUAGAUGGGAUUUUCAUCGGUUGUUCAACGAAUCAUGCAGUAGCUGAUGGAACUGCUUACUGGAAUUUCUGGAACAUAUGGUUAGAGAUACAUAUGCAACAAAGUCCUAUUUCGAUGUCAAAGCUACCAAUUCAUGAACGUUGGUUUCCUGAAGGAUAUGGUCCACGAGUCACCCUUCCCUUUAUCCAUACUGAUGAAUUCAUAAGCAGAUAUGAGGCACCUCAACUAAGAGAAAAAAUCUUCCAUUUCUCAUCAGAGUCAAUAUCAAAGCUCAAGAUGAAGGCAAACAUAGAAGUUGGAGAGACUAAUAAGGAGAUCUCGUCAUUCCAAGCAUUGUCUGCGCUAGUUUGGAGGUCUCUUAUCAGGGCACGCUGUUUAGCAGGUGAUCAGAAGACUACCUGCUCCUUGGAUGCUAAUCUGAGGCAGAGGUUAAACCCUCAACUGCCUCAAGGUUAUUUUGGGAAUUCAAUUUGGGUGGCUAAAGCUGCAGCCAAAGCUGAUGAAGUCAUUGACCAUAGUUUAGGAUGGACAGCUGAAUUGCUGCAGAACGCAGUGUUAGAACUGACUGAUAAAACAGUGCGAAGUGUGUUUGAGGCUUGGAUGAAGUCGCCUUUUGUUUAUCAGAUUGAUGCGUUCUUUGAGCCAGACAGCACUGUGAUUGGAGGCUCCCCAAGGUUUGAUGUGUACGGGAAUGAUUUUGGAGUCGAUAAACCAGUGGCUGUUCACAGUGGGUAUGCAAACAAGUUUCCUGGAAAAGUGACUGCCUAUCCAGGAAGUGAAGGAGGACAAAGCAUAGAUUUGGAGAUAUGCCUACCACCUGAUGCAAUGAGUGCUCUUGAAGUAGAUAAUGAGUUCAUAUCUCUUGCCACCAUGGGCUAGUAUACAUUUAGCUGAUUAUUAUCUUAAAAUUCAGUUUAGGUCAUCCGACUU